AUGCCGCCCUGGCUGCUGGGCAGCCUGUGCUGCGUGCUGGCUGCGCUGGGCGGCAGCUCCGCGGGCGCGGAGGCGGCGGAGGAGGAGAAGCUGAUCCGGGUGCUGGUGCUGCUGCCGCAGGACGACUCGUACCUCUUCUCGCUGGGGCGGGUGCGGCCGGCCAUCGAGUACGCGGUGCGGAGCCUGCGGGAGAGCGGCGGCCUGCCGCCCGGCUACGCCUUCCAGCUCACCUACGAGGACUCGGCGUGCGGCAACCGCGCCCUCUUCAGCCUGGUGGACCUGGUGGCCCUGCACCAGCGCCGCCCCGACCUGCUGCUCGGGCCCGUCUGCGAGUACGCGGCGGCGCCGGUGGCGCGGCUGGCGGCCCACUGGGACGUGCCGAUGCUGUCGGCCGGGGCUCUGGCCGCCGGGUUCGGAGCCAAGGGGGGCGAGUACUCGCACCUCACCCGCGUCGCCCCCGCCUACGCCAAGAUGGGCGAGAUGCUGCUGGCCCUCUUCCGCCACCACCAGUGGAGCCGGGCCACGCUGCUCUACAGCGACAGCAACCCCGAGCGCAGCUGCUACUUCGCCAUGGAAGGCGUGCAUGUGGUCUUCCAGGAGGAGGCCUUCCACAUGGCCGUGCACAGCUUCGACGAGAGCAGCCGACACCUCGACAUCGACGACGUUGUCCGUGCCCUCCAGACCGGCGAGAGGGUUGUGAUAAUGUGUGCCAGCGGUGACACAAUCAGGAACAUCAUGUUGGCAGCUCAUCGACAGGGAAUGACCAAUGGGGACUAUGCUUUCUUCAAUAUUGAACUCUUCAACAGCUCAUCAUAUGGAAAUGGCUCUUGGAGAAGAGGUGACAAACAUGACCUUGAAGCCAAGAAGGCAUACUCUUACCUCCAAACCAUCACUCUGCUGAGGACCGUGAAGCCUGAGUUUGAGAAGUUUUCUCUGGAAGUGAAAAGUUCAGUUCAGAAGCAAGGUCUGCAUGAGGAUGACUAUGUGAACAUGUUUGUGGAAGGAUUCCAUGAUGCUAUUCUUCUUUAUGCUCUAGCUUUACAGGAAGUCCUGAAGUUUGGUUUCAGUAAGAGAGAUGGGGAAAAAAUUGUUCAGCAAACACGGAACAGAACAUACGAAGGCAUUGCAGGGCAGGUGUCCAUUGAUGCCAAUGGAGACAGAUAUGGGGAUUUCUCUGUGAUUGGAAUGACUGACCCAGAAGCAGGCACACAGGAGGUGAUUGGAGACUACUAUGGAAAGCAGGGACGUUUUGAAAUUCGAUCAAAUGUGAAAUAUCCUUGGAAUCACGGCAGGCUGCGACUAGAUGAAAGCAGAGUUUCAGAGCACACAAAUAAUACACCGUGCAAAUCAUCAGGUGGUCUAGGAGAAUCAGCAGUUACAGGAAUAGUUGUGGGCGCCUUGCUUGGAGCAGGACUGUUAAUGGCUUUUUACUUUUUCAGAAAGAAGUACAGAAUAACUAUUGAAAGACGAACUCGCCAGGAGGACUGUAACAUAGGGAAACAUCGGCAGUUACGUGAAGACUCCAUUAGAUCUCAUUUUUCUGCUGCAUAAACAAGAAGAAAAAGAAUCCCAUUCUUCCAGGGGAUAAAAAGAAUUAGGGAAAAGGACACAACCAAAGACAUCAGUGUAAAAAGAAGAAGCUCUUGAAGAACUAACUCUUUUAAGCAGUAAUUCUGUCUUAAUUUCUUUCAGAAGCUCAGGAAUUAUUUACUAAUCACAUUAUGCCACAUGGCCUUUCAUCUCAUGAAAAGAGAAGAUGAUGUGGUUUGAUGUUACAGAACGUACUUAAUAUGUAAAGACAGUAUUUCCUAAAGCAUACGGUAAGGGCAGCAGAUCUGGAUUUAGCUGAUGGGGAAUGCCUCAUUCUGUUCCCUUUUUUGUUUUGUUUUGUUUUUUUAGCUCCUAAGCUUCAUCUCACCCAUGGGUAUCAGAUUUGAUUUCACAGGCACAGAUGCUCGUGGCUGUCAAAAGGAGAAAAAAGGGGUUCAUUUGAGGUAUGAUCCUACAUCACUGAAUCAUUGCCAUUGAUUACAGGGGAUACAAGAUUUGGCAUAUGGAGUUUAGUUCUAGGAUGGAACUUGGCACUUGGGUGUAAUUAACUCCACUGAGAAAGUCAGGCAGGUGGAAACACAUAAAUUUUUCCAUUCUUUCAUUGUUUGUGUAGCGUCACAAUCAAAAGCACUGAUUCUCCCUCUUAAGUUCUGGGAGUUAGGAAGAAGGAUGAGGAGUUUCACUGGUGUGAAAUAGUGAGGGAGAAGAUAAUGAGGCCUCCAGAGACAACUGGCUAAUUACUCAGUCUUGUAUAUGUUUCAUCAUGCUCUUUUCUCUCCACUGCCAUGACUUUUCAGAGAGGCAAAUACAGUCCAUGCAGAGCCUACUCCUGUUCCCAGUGGAGUCAAUGACAGAAUCUCAUUAACUUCAGUGAGUACAGGACUGCAUCCGAAACUGUAAAUAUAAAAGUGUUUGUAUAGCUGAGGCAAUUCAAAAGGGGAUCUUUUUUUGUGUAAAAAUUACAUUCCAUGCUAGCGUUUUAUUUUUAGGAUAUUUUUUAUCUUGUAUUUUUCUAUUAAAGUGUCUAUUUUUUGCUUUGGUAGGAUUAAAAAUUAAGGGAGACGAUGUUUUGAAGACGUAUUUUUUAUGAUAGGAGUAACAUGCAGGGAAAGUCAACAGCUGUAAAUACAUUUUAGAACCAGUAUUUAGGGGAGGAGAAGUGGCUUUAUGGAUAGAAUCAGACCUUUAGCCCCACUUUCUUCUUCAGGCAUGUGCAACAUUCAAAUAGUUAUUAAACAACAUUAAUGCAGUUAUCAAAUUAUCUGUGUGAUGAUGGCCCUGAUCCUGAAAAUCUUGAGGUUUUGACAUGUUAAGGAGUCAUACAUUGAUUGGUGAGACUGUUCAUGUGUGUACACUUAAACUUUGCAAGUAACUAACUCCCAGCGUCAGGGUGGUAAAAUGCUACUCUUGGGCUGACUUUAAUCUUGCUGCCAUCCGUAUCCCUGGGACUUUUGCCAUUGAUUUACCAGGGGCAAAAUUCUACCUGUGAUGAAUUAGAUACUGAUGGGUUAUUUUGUACUAGACGAAGGGAAGCUAUGCGCUUUCUAGUCAGCAAAUGGAAAUGAACAGCCCAUGCUAUUAAUGUGUUGUAGACCCAUGAAAAUACUGUCUGGGAAAACUCAACCUUGACUAUGGUUAUAGUGCAUGAAAUGCUUUGGUUUAUCCUAUUCUGAUUUCAUAAGCAGAACUUUCUGGUCUCCGCAGUCAUAGCCAGACUUGUCUAGUUUGGAGAAACCAUUUUGGAGUAGCUGGUAGGGAAUGAAGAGUGAAAACUGGCUCUGUCUUCUUUCUGUUGCCUUUUAUUUGUUGAUAGGGAAAUACUCCAUGGACUCCCCUGUGACUUUUUUUUCUUACAUUUCACUUGUCUUUUAGCAUAGGGUUCUUCACCUGCCCUUGUGAAAUACUGGCCAAUGCCCCAGGCAGCCAGAGGGCAGGGCUUCUGGGCUGUCACAGCAUCUCCAGUAUAGCUGAUAGGUGUGUAGGCCAGGUAGAUUUGGUGUCUUUUAGGACUCACUGUAACAGGUGUUGUUCACGUGGUAGGUUUCCAUCAUCCCAUUUCAUGUCUGGGCCUUCUGCAAAGGUGCCUCAGCCACAAUAACACUGCAGUCAAUGGACAAUGUUCUGAAGUAGCCUUCUUGUCUUACAGGCACCAGAGAAGAAUGUAGGCUAGAGCAGCAUUCAUACUGCUGUGGAGUUGGGAGUAAAAAAAAAAAACCAAACAAAAAAAUGCCUUCCAGAUUGAAGCUUGCCCCUGGGCAUGCUUAAGAUUUGGGGGUUUUAAAAUAAUUUCCAAGGGAGUGUUUAUCUAAUUUUUGUUUUGCAAAUAUGCCUUUCAGUAUUUUUACUUUCCAUUUGACUACUUUGCCACAGAAAAAAGGAAGGAAAACUUUUAAAUACGUAGAGAAAAGAGGAUAUUAUUUCAAACAUAAACUUUUUCAAUAUUUUAUGUAUUAUGACUUUCCUUGCAGUAUGAACUAGUAUUAAAGCAGUGACUAGUGAGUGAGCAAGACAGUAGUGUAGAUUGGUGUAUUUCCUGUGCCAUGUGCAGUCAGGUCAGACCAGAAGAUCUGAGCCAGGAGAUCUGGCUGGGACAAUAAAUUGUUAGGACAGCCUUUUUAUUGUGACAUCCUACUGUAACUAAACAUAUUAUUGGGGAGAACUUUGUAGAGUAGGGAUGAUCAUUGGACUCGGUAAUUCUAAGGGUCUUUUCCAGUCUGAAUAGUUCUAUGAUUCUGUGAUUAAAGCAAGAAAGUUUAGUGAAAGAUAAUUUUUAAAUUAAAAAUAUAAUAAUUCAGAUCCCCAGUUUUAUGUAGGUUUUGUUUAAAUGACCUCAGGAAGUGUUUUUAUGAAAUAUUUUUUUGUUGGAUGCUGAUGGAGGCCUAGCCACAGCUUCACAGCUCAGCAACUCUGAAGGAAGGUGAACCUAUCUUGCACAUUAGAACAUUUAAAUCAAUAGGUUAUAAUCUUUCUAAAUUGUUGCAUGCCUACAUGCACAUUUUUCCCAUGGGAUUGUGGAGAUAAUUUAAGUCAUUUCAUGUAAGUAGAUUUCUGUGUAGCAUAAGUAAACUUGCUCUUCUUAGCUGCCUUUCACAGGCCUCUUGCUAAUAGUUCCCAGGUCUUCUACAGACCAUAGAUCAAAAACUGCCUUGAGUUUAGAUUAUUCAGCAGAGAGAUUCUUUACCAGCUAAUGCACUUUUCCUUUCUGGUUCAUCUGCAUUAGCUCAAUGCCACAAUGUUUAGGCUUCAAACUCCGUGAGGGAAUGUCUAAUCAAAAUAAUAAUAAUUGAUUCUCAAAAGAGUUUUCAAAACCUACAUUUUUGGCUUCAACAAAUUGCCCAUUUUGCAAACAUAUGUCUGUGUUACAGAGAAGCACAAGGAUGGCCUUGACUCAGUGCAGCUCUUCAGAAAACACUUCAAAUAUGCUCAACUUCAGCUUCAAGUGCUUUGCUCACUUGGGACCAAAAGGUAUGGUCCUAGCCAUGGCUGAAUGAAAGGCAGUCGUGCCAUGUGCUUGAAUCCAAGACAGGUUGGCCCCAUAGGCCUUAUGUUUAUUGCCAAAUCUUACAGUUUUGUCUGUUAAAUUGAAAUUGAGCUAGUGGCUUCAUACUUUUUGUUUGUUCAAGUUCGACAAAUUCUGCUAACUUAGAAUUUUUGUAGAUUACCAAAUAUUGGUCAGCUUAGUAGCUGAUUCACCUCACAAUUCUUUUCCUGAGGUUUCUAUGGACAAAUUACUUGAUUUCCACCAUCUUCAAUGCAUAAACUUCCACUGCAAGUUGGCAAAGAUGAAGGAAAACUUUAACUAGUACCUAGUGAUUUACUAUGCUGAAAUUUGCAACUUUUAGAGUCAGAUGCCUAGGUGCUUUGUCUGGGGCCACUGGUAGUUCUGGAAGUUUUGUUUAUGGACAGUUUGUGUCUUGAGUUGUCUGUGACUACCACCAUCACCUGUUAAUUACCACUUCCUUCUCUGAAGUGCUUCACUGAAGAUCAGAUCCAGCUAAGUUCUGAAAAAUUCAGUCAUCACUAAAACUUUUGAUUGAGAGUGCUGUGCACCUUGCAAGAUAGUGGCCAAUUUCUGAAAUUGUUGUUUUCAAAUGCUUUAUUUUAUUAUUGAAAGUAUUUUGUUGUUUAUUAAUGGUGAAUUAUUAAGGUGUAGCUAACUAAUACCUUGUGCUGGACAAAAUAUGAGUGCACUCCCUGACAGCAUGUUUUUCUGGGAGGUUAAUCUUUGAAUCAUUUUUCAGCCUGGAGAUGGGAUCAUACUCUCAUUAAGCUGACAAAAAAAGCCUUUCAUUUAUUCAGUGCAAGUAAACUUAGGCCCUCAGUCAAGUGUCUUCUAGCUUUAAACUCAGCAUCUUGAAACAGUUCAGAGUGAAUUUCUCAGCUUUGCAGUAGAACAGGCAGCAUCAGCCUUAGCUGACCUUGGCUCCAGAGCAGUUUUCACCUCAUGAGUGCCAUAAUGCUCCUGGAAAGCCAAGAAUAGACAUCAAAGACAGGAAGCUAAUAGUCCUGCUCAUAAAUUUCUUUGGCAAUUCAGUCCACCUUUUCCGGAGCUCAAGACAGUUCCACAUCCUUCACUACCCUCCUCUGUGCUCCAGAGAAGCCCUGUAGCUGUUGUGUUUCUUUAAAUAAAGCAGUUGAGUUUAUUUUUCCUCAUUUUCUCCCUGAGUAGAGUGAACACUCUUGAAUUCCCCAUUAUUUAUUUAUUUUUAAUGCUCUUUUCUCUAGCUUCAGAAGUACUUUGAAAAGAGACAGCCGUUUUCCAUCAUUUAUUCAGAAGUUCUCCCUCUUCACUGAGUGGUGGCUUUUACGUAACUUCAGCCGUGGUUCGUUGCUGCUGUCCUGUUCCCACCUCACAUUGGAACCAUGGGCCCACCAGCCAUUGUCUCAGAUCUAGACCCAGCAAAGCUGCAAAAUGAGAUUGACUAAAAGCUUUCUGAGGUUUAAUUUGAAUUUUGCAGCUAGCAUCCUUUCCUUCUGAAAACACCCCAGGCUGCCACUGUAGAUUGUGGUUACAGAAGCAGUCCCCUUGAAGCUAAAGUGAUUUCUGGGUGCCACUGGGCUCACAGAAAAUUCAGUAGCCCAGGCAUGGUGAGAUGAUACCAGGUGAUGUCAGCUACUUAGGGUUUUUCUUUGCUUGUUGUUUCUUUUUAAUCCCAAAUGUUGUUGAUUUGAAAUGACAUCAAGUCUAGUGACCACUCUCCACAAAGCAGGGCAUAUGGGAACAGAAAUACAAGUUUCUAAUGGUACAUUACAUUUUCUGUUGGUCAGGAACACUGCCUAGUAACUUACCUUGCAACCGUGAGUGAUGAAGGGACAAAUUUCAGCAAAGUACACAUUUUGUAGGAGGCAGUUUUAGCCCUUUUUAGAAACAAAAGGAACACAAAAGAAUGUAUUUUUAAGCACACGCUGGAAAAAAGUUUUGCCUUCAGAUGUUGUGUGUGUCCCUCUCCUUCCCGUCCUUUCUUUCCUGCUGUUGAAAGCACAAAAAGAUUUGUGUGUGUCAAACCUUUCAAGUGGAAGAAGUGUUUGCACUGUGCAUAUCCCUUCUUAGAGACAGAAAUGAGUUCAGAUGGCUUGAGGCCUGUAUUUUUUCCACUCUGGGAUACCUUUUAACAUCUGAGCUCUGAAGCUGAUGGAAAAUGAUUGUUGAAAUUAAAACAAAUAGCUGUUUGUGAGAGACCUCAGACCUAGCUGUCUACAGGGGUCAGCAAGCUGUGCAGCAGGCUUUGACAGUGGCUUUUCUCUUCUAGAGAAUGACAGGAAGGCUAAGCACUGUGGUUUUCCUCAGAGAAGCCUUCAGUCUGGCAGAAAUGCAGCUCUCCAUUUAUCUUACCCUUAGAGGAAAAAAGGAUAAAGGUUAAUGUUGGUGUUUUUAUGAGGUUGCUGCUGGCUUAGAUCAAGAAGGUAAUGCUGCUGUGGUUCUGAGGCUUUCUUGGGCCACUGCUUAAUUAUGUCCAGUGUAUCAUUAUAUAGACUGUUUUUAUUAUACUAUUACUUCUUCCAGAAUUUACCUUUCAGAAUGCCUCCUAACUGACAUACACUGAAUUUACAGCAUACAAAACUAGUUUUCAGAAGGAGGGGCUUAGAGCUCAUUCAGAAUCUCUCACUAACCACUAAGACAAUAUUCUGCAUCAAAGGCAAAAUAUUCUAAAUAUCAGAACACUGUCAAAGUUUGUAUGUUAAGCUAUAGUACUUCAGAAAUCUCAUGUGGAUUCAUUAGUUGUUAAGUCUUUGAAAGGUUAAAAUCCACUUUGUGUAAACUGUUGCUUGGUGUUUCUGUCAUGUGAAUGUUCCUAGAGAACAUCUGAGCAAGCAAAGAAAAUGUACCAAAAAUGGUAUUUAAGAAUAAAUAAAUAUUGCUUUUAGUAAUUGCUUUUGUAAUCUCAACCGGUAUGCACAAGAAACACACAAUUCUCCCUCCCAGACUAUGAACAGAGAUUUUGCUAAUGUUACAUUAAGUGGUCAGCAGACAUAAUGAGCACAGCUAUGUUGGUUGACACUUGGUGAUGAUCUGAACUUCUCUGUUUCCAUGAAUUAUAUACACAGUGUGAUGGAGGAAUGAGACAUUACUGAAAGCCAACACGACAGUUAGUAAUCAGUGGCCAUUUAUCUUUUUGCUGCGAGAGAUGAUAAAUGUUUCCUCCCAUAUUUACUUCCUCCCUGAGGUAGCUUUGUGGCAGAUGUGGUGACUUCUGCAGUAUAGGAUGCAAGAGAUGGAAAGAUCUGUUGAUAGUACAAGGACAAUAUCCACGCAGUUGAGUUAGGGAGAGAGAAGAAGCAAAAUGCUCAGGGAUUGAUUAGACUCCCUUGAUGAUACUACUGGCUGUAUGGAAGAUGGGAUCAAGCUCCUUCUAUAGAGUACAUUGUCUUUAUUGUUCAAGAUCUGCUUUCUUAGGGACUCAGCAGAAAGCUUACCCAUCUUUAAAAUCCCACAUAGCCCCCCUUACCUGAAAUAUCAAUGGGACUGAAGUGGUGCACAUGACCUGCACAGGGUGUACCAUGCCCUUAGCUUGGGUGUUUGUCUAGUAACAAUAUCAUCUUGACUGUGCAGGUCUUGGGCUGAGAAGCCUUGGUUAGAGUGACAGGAUGAAGGCAAUGAGUAGAAUUUGCUGUGUUUCUUGUGUGUAGUGUGUAAAUACAACAAAGCUAAGAGGACUCAGGAUAGACACUGUGGACGUCAACUUUGUCCCCUUUUUUUUGGUGAUAACUGUUCAUCCUUAAUGUAAAAAUACUGGACAACAGAAACUUAGUACCAGUGUAGUAGAAAACAAAUGGAAAGCUGCACCGUAUAUUGUACUGAUGUAAGUAGAACUAUCUGCAUAUAAUGUGAUUUUAUUUAUUGUUUUUGUGUAGAGAAGAGUGUGUAUUCAUGACUGCGGAUAUAACCUUUGUUUAUUUGUGUAAUGUAUUUUAUUUCUUUUACAACUUGGUCAUUUAAAAUAUCUACAUUAAUUGGUGUCCUUUACUUUUUAUUCUGUGCAUUUUCUUUCACACAUUUUAAGAAUGCAAGAAUAUCACAUAACCUAAAUUGUAACAAGAUGUUUCCAUUAAAGACAUAGGAAUAUGUUA